UGAUUUUGACAGCUAAUAUUUUUGCAAAUACGUGUUUUUUAUCAAUAAUUUUGCCAAACUGAAGUAAUGGAGUGAAUUAUAGGCAAGAUAUAAGUAUUUCCUUGUAUAAUAGCCACUUCAGCAUACAUCACAUAAGCUAAGAGAUACAAUGAAGCGAACAAGAGUGAGAAAUUUCUCAGACUCUCGGGAGUAUGAGCCCCUCGCGGGGGAUGCCAAUGACGUCCCAAUGCGGCGAGUGCACUCGCCUCAUGUCGCUACUCUGGAAGCUCAGGUUCUCGAGAACGACACUCUACAGGCCAUCGCAUUGCGCUUCAACUGCCCAUUAUCGGAGCUGAAGCGGCUCAACAAGAUUGAGCGAGACAAUGAGAUAUUCGCGAGGAGUGUUUUGCGGAUUCCCGUGACUGCUCACACUGUGCUGCUGGAAACACUUCCGGGAGUGCACAAGAGCGGAACCUCGAGUCCCACGAAGGCCAAACUGCCGCUGAAAGGUGUGACACUCAAUGAUCUGGACGAGAGGCUUAUGAUCGCCUCUGUGAGCAGUUCUGAUUGUCCUCCGGCGAGUAUCAACGAUGUUAUCCUCAGCACCAAAAUCACUGGAACCAGUGAAUACAGAGAUGAGGAGGAAUUAGUGUCCAAUCCACUCAGUAUUGAUGAGCGGGAUAUGGCUCAGCCUCUUCUCAGCGGAGUGGUGGACGACACAGUUCCUCAGCCACGAAUCAUCCCUGUCCGUCACAGAGUGGAUAUGUCGUGCAACGGAGCUGAUUGUGAUAUAUCCUGGGUGUGCCUCUUUGUCUGUAUUCUCAUCCUCUGCUUCUUGAUACCGAUCAUCUAUAUAUUUUUUAAAACGGAACACCAAAACGAGCAUCACUUGGAGCGACACUUGCACGAUAAUCACUUAAAGCUAUGAAAUUAGAUUAGGGAGCCCAGAAAGGAUGUAAAUAAGUGCCUAGAUACUGCGUAGAAGUGAAAUAACAUGGAGAUUGGCUAAAGAAUUUCCUACUCACAACAGUCUAGCAUCCAGUCCAAGUGCAUUGUAGUAUUGAAAUGUACCGAUACGAUAUGAAAUAAUUUAUUUUUAUCAAA